AUGCCGCCAUCAAGCUAUGCUGCUCUGCAGCCCCCAAACGAAGAGGGAGAGAAACCAGUAACCGUACUGGUCACUGGAUUUGGUCCAUUUUUAGCGAAAGUACCCAAGAACUCUUCCUGGGAUAUCGCUUCCACACUUCCAGCUCUGAUACCAAAGUCACCCAAAAACCAAACUCCGAUCAACAUACACGUUUACCAUGAGCCUAUCCGCGUAGCAUAUAACACUGUCGUCAAUCUCGUUCCCCAGCUUCUUCCACCAGCCAAUCCUCUCUAUCCCUCCCCAGAUAUUGUGCUGCACAUCGGUCUAGCAGCCGGACGAAACUACUUCGCCAUCGAGCAAGGAUCCCACAGUCAUGGGUACGGGAAGAUUCCGGACGUAGACGGCCAACGAUUCGAAGACUCUGCAGCAGAGGAGCAUUUCCCAUCUUCAAAAUACCCACACAAAUUAAAGACUAGCUUCGAUACAUCUGACGUCCUUGCGCGCUGGAAAGCGAACUUGGGAAACACAUCUGCCAACGGCACUAAAAACAAUGAAGGAUGCACUGACGUGCGCAUCAGCACCGAUGCCGGAAACUUCUUGUGCGGCUUCAUCUACUACAACAGCUUGGCGCAUUAUUUUAAUAUCAAGGAGGAUGAGAGACCCGUCAUUUUCCUACAUGUCCCUGAUUUGAGCAAUAGUGAGGAUAAGCUAAAAGAAGGAUGGGAAGCUACAGUCGCUUUGAUCAAAGCGCUAGUCGAGAGUAGACAGAAGUCAGGCGGCAAGGUCGUCGAUGGGGACAAGAAGGAUGGAGAACUGGAGAAUGGCAACAAGAAAGAGCGGACGGACAAUAACUUUGUAUAA